UUUCAAUCCGAUUCAAAUCCAUAAGCCACCCCUCUUAUAUUCACAUCUUUCCCUCCUUACUCUCCCACGAACAAACUUUGGAGUUGAUUUGGCGAUGGACGGAGCCACUGCUUACAAUCCACGUACUCUGGAAGAAGUCUUUCGAGAUUUCAAAGGCCGACGAGCUGGCAUGAUUAAGGCCCUUACAUCUGAUGUGGAAGAGUUCUACCAGCAGUGUGACCCUGAGAAGGAAAAUCUUUGCCUGUAUGGAUUUCCCAGUGAGCAGUGGGAGGUAAAUUUGCCUGCUGAAGAGGUGCCUCCAGAGCUACCAGAGCCUGCAUUGGGCAUAAACUUUGCCAGAGAUGGGAUGCAAGAAAAGGACUGGUUGUCUUUGGUUGCUGUCCACAGUGAUGCUUGGCUCCUUUCUGUGGCCUUCUACUUUGGUGCUAGGUUUGGGUUUGAUAAAGCUGAUAGGAAACGACUUUUCAAUAUGAUAAAUGAUCUUCCAACAAUAUUUGAGGUUGUGACAGGGACAGCCAAGAAACAACAGGCAAAGGAAAAAUCUUCAGUCUCAAAUCAGAGCAGCAACAAGUCUAAAUCAAACCCAAAGAGAGGCUUGGAAUCUCAGCCCAAGUAUGCAAAGGUGGUGCAAUCAAAGGAUGAGGAUGAGGAAGGCCCAGAAGAGGAAGAUGACGAGGAGCAUGGAGAUACACUCUGUGGGGCAUGUGGAGAGAACUAUGCCUCUGAUGAAUUCUGGAUUUUUUGUGAUGUCUGUGAGAAAUGGUUCCAUGGAACGUGUGUUAAGAUGACCCCGGCAAGGGCUGAGCAUAUUAAACACUACAAAUGUCCAUCUUGUAGCAGCAACAAGAGAGCACGGCCUUGAUCAUUCUUCGGCUGGCGGCUUUGUGUAUUCUGGAAUCGUGGACUUUAACUGCUAGUAGGUUUGUUCUCACUGAGGCAUUUCUUUCCAGUAUCUAUCUGGGAUAUUAUGUGUAGAGUGAAUUUUUUUCUGUUUAGUCUAUUUAUAACCAGUAGGGGAAUUAUAAUCCCCAGCCAUGGGGGUAAAAUGCCUGCGUCAUAAUAAUUUAUUUAGGAAGAAUUUAAUGCUUCUUCAUCCCGUAGUUUAGUGGUAAUUUCUGCAUAUUCUAAUGAGACCAGAGAUGACUGAAUGGGUGCAGAUGAAACGAUUCCACUAGAAUUCUUGAGCAUGUAAAACAUUGUGGGCAAACAAGUUUAUUGAACGCAAGCCAGCAUAUGAGGUUCAAAGUUGAGCAAUUUACCUAACAAUAAGUUACA